UUACGCCCAAUAAAUUAAAAUUAAUAAUAUAAAUAUAAAUAAAAUAAUUGGAACCUAAAACCCUCACUCUCUCUCUCACUUCGUUAACACUCACAUCGUUUUUUCCGCUUCCAUCUCUAACCAGCGCCACCACCAUCUUCUCCUCCUCUGGAAAUAAUGGCAUCCAUCUCAACUGUGAAUGUUUCUCCGCUAUGCAUGUUUCAACCGGCAAGCCGCGUCCAAUCGACCAGUGCUACCAUAGUGAAGUGCCCUUCCUCUUUCGGGUCCAUGAGAAGUGUCUCCAGUUCUUUUGGCUUGAAGUCAUCCACUUCAUAUAGAACAACUGCCAUGGCUGCUUACAAGGUUAAGCUAAUUGGACCAGAUGGAAAAGAGGACGAGUUUGAAGCCCCUGAUGACGUUUACAUCUUAGAUGCAGCGGAGAAUGCAGGAGUCGAACUCCCUUAUUCGUGCCGUGCUGGAGCGUGCUCUACUUGCGCUGGAAAGGUUGUUUCUGGCUCAGUGGAUCAAUCUGAUGGCUCUUUCUUGGAUGAUACUCAACUUAAGGACGGCUUUGUACUUACCUGUGUUUCAUAUCCGACAGCAGAUUGUGUUAUCGAAACUCACAAGGAAGGUGAACUUUACUGAGAAAUGGUGGCUUGAAAGCUGAAAACCAUUGCUUGAGGAAACUGGGAAGUUAAGGUUGAUUUAGCAGCUGAGUUUGCUUGUUCUGCUUUAGAAUCAUCUAUCUUUCUUUUAGCAUUACUAUUAGUGAUAUGGGAUAAUGGAUAUUUGUUUGUGUGUGCAAGCACCGGAGUUUUAAGAAGAUGGUAACUUCGAAAUUUAAAUGCAUCAAGGGUGUUUCAUAA